UGACCGACUGCUGGAAGUUGAUGGGUCCAACCUACGAGGUGUAACACACAAACAGGCCGUGGAGUGCCUGAAGAAGACUGGAGAGGUGGUGAGUCUGCUUUUAGAGAGGGAGCCCCAGGUGGUGUUGGGGGCAGGAGCGAAUCGCCCCCGCUCAGCUUCACAGAGCCAAUCAGGAAGUCUCAGGAGAGACAGCUCCAUGGAGAUGACCUUGAGUGGCAAGACCAAGGACUACAGCUUUGUCACUGAUGACAACACUCUGGAGGUGCUGUUGAAGAAGAGCCUGUGUGGUUUGGGCUUCAGCUUCUACAUCAGUGAGUUGAACAGUGGUUGUGACCAGGGCAGCAGUGUGGUGCGGAUCAAAACCCUUUUCCAGGGUCAACCAGCCAAGGAGUCAGGACAGAUCAGAGAAGGAGACGUCAUAUUGGCUGUUAAUGGACAAUGGGUUAAAGGCCUCAGCUACCAGAGGGUGUUGUUCCUGCUCCGUGGGCCUCCGUCUGAGGUCCACCUGACUCUCUGCAGACCUGCUCUUGGAGUACUGUCUCAACUGGAUGCUGACACACUGGUUCCUUUCUUGUCUCCAACCCGUGGGGUGAGGUCCAAGUCUCUAGACAUCAGGCUCGGGGAAGAUUAUAGUCAGCUGCUCAAGCUACAGGCAUACCAGAACCGUCAGUACAACCAGGAAAACCAGGCCCAGAAGGAGCCAAUGCAGACAUCACAAGCCCAGGACCAAGCCUCCAGGCAGGCCAGACAAACGGACAAAUUCCCUGAGCCCUCUGGAGGUCCGAAGACUCAACAGAGUCAGGAUAGUCAAGACAGUGAGAUGGACGCAGCCGAGAACCAGCCUUCCUCACCCUCUCCCUCACCCCCUUCCCCCAUCUCCCUCGCCAGCGUAAGUGACGCAGGAGACAGUGAAGAGUUGUCGGUUGUGGACGAGGAAGGUUCCGAAGAAUUGAGCUCGGCAUCUGUCGGGGCCAAGACCAGUACUAGUCCCGUGUACACCAGUGGCAUCAGAGAAGAGGCGGACGGCAGUUUAACAUACUGCCUUAUGGGUGAUGGAAAAACCAUUCUGGCUGAUAAAGAGUACUUGACCAUCAGUUCGACUUCGGACAGGCCCUCUAGCCUUACCUCAAACACCUCAUGUACCCCCAGUGUGGCUCCACACACUACCUCUCAUACCUCCAGGACCAGAUCCACCCCCCCUACUAGGGUCCGAUCCACCACCCCCAAAAGUACUUCCAUCCCCCACAGCUUGUCCUCGCAAACCACGAGCUCAACAAACCCCCAUUUGUCAUUGCAAACCACCUCUGUCCAGCAGACACCAGCUCAGCCCUCCUCGUGGCCUACAUCCAACCUUUCCUCUAGGAUGUCUGACCUCAACAUCAGCCACUCGGUGCAUCCUCUCCAGCCCCAGCAUGCUACACCUCCUCUUCCCAGCCUCUCCUCCCAUACCUCCAAACCCAACUCCAGGAUCUCUGAUUGCAAACACAGCAUCACCUCCGAUCGUAAACACAGCAUCACCUCCGAUCGUAAACACAGCAUCACCUCCGAUCGUAAACACAGCAUCACCUUCGAUCGUAAGCACAGCAUCACCUCCGAUCGUAAACACAGCAUCACAUUCAAUACUACCAAUGCCUCCAACAUCACUCGUUCAGUCAUCCAAUACAAUCCCCAGCCCCCUGACACAUUGCCCCCCUCGCAACCCCCCGCACGCCACCCCUCUCCCCAGCCUCCCUUGUCCUCACUCUCUCCCCCCAUUCAGGCUGCACCUCUCCCACACACACACCCUACCUGGAGACAGGAGACAGAAGGGGAGGAGGACGAAGAUGAGGAUGAGAAUGAGGAGGAUCCCAGAAAAGACAUGAUGAAGGAAUUUGAGAUGUGUGUGGUUCUGACCAAGUCGUGGAGCGGUAGCUUUGGGUUCACCAUCACACGCAGCAAACUGGAUGCCUGCUACUACAUUCAGGACAUACUGGACAACCCUGCUAAGACGGACGGACGGCUCAGACCAGGGGACAGACUCGUCACGGUCAAUGGCCAGGAUAUGACGAAUGUGACAGAUGAGGUUGCCAUGUCGAUCCUGAGGUCGUCUCCUAGGAGACUGAGUUUGAUCCUGGGGAGGGCGGUGACCAACCUGAUCGCUCCACCUUUUCCAGACAACCUGCAAGACAUCAUACUGCACAAGACACCGACUGGACAGCUUGGUAUAAAGCUGACGGGUGGUAUAGGCAGCAAAUGGCAGGGGAUCUACUGUCUGGAGGUGGUUCCUGGUUCACCUGCCUGUGAGGAAGGCAGCGUCCAGCCAAACGACAGGAUCCUGUACAUCUGUGGCCGAUGCACCAUGGGAAUGACUCUGGAGGACGCUGUCAAGGCCUGCGAGACUGCUCCGCGCAAAGUGAAACUUAAGGCCACCAGAGAUGACCAGCCUGUGACUCCCAAAGCCAAGAGUAAUGCUAAAGCCGUGCCCGAAACCACUGGGAAAUUCAGACCACUUCUCUCUGUCACCUCCGAUCAAGACAGCUGUAUCUUGCAAAUAUAUGUGUGUAAACCAGAGAGAGGGGGUCUGGGCUUUGCUCUGAUUGGAGGAUGCAACGGAAGUACGCUCAGAGUGAAGGAGAUAUGCGAUGGAGGCAUGGCGCAGCAGGAUGGACAGCUCAGAGUGGGAGACAUACUGCUCGAGGUGAAUGGUAUAAUAGUAUCAGGUCUGAGCCACUGUAAGGUGGUAGAUAUCCUCCGUCAGGCUGAGGGAAACAUCCAACUCACAAUCUGUAGAGACAUACCAAGGGCCAACACAGCACCCUGCACUGAUGUAUCCUACUCUAUGGCCUUCCCUGGAGACAACAUGACCGUCUGUCCUGGAUCCAAUAUGGCUUCCUGUCCUGGAUCAAAUAUGGCCUCCUGCCCUGAAGUCAACAUGGCUACCAGCAAUGGAUCCAACAUGGCAUCCUGCACUGGAUCAAAUGUGUCAGUCUUCAUCGAAGCCCGUAUGUCGGACAAUGCCGAGCAAUUCUCCAACCCUUCCGCAUGUUCCUCACCUGAUGUCCAGCAGGAGGACCUUCCCCCUGAGGGGACUUCAGAUCCAGUUCCUGAUGUAGAGGAGGACAUUACCCCACUUUCACCCCCCGACGCCUCCUAUCACCCCUCACUCCGCCUGCGGGCCCUCACAGAAGAGGACAUGGCUGGACAGGAGAGCUGUAACAGUAAACCCUCUCAUCAAGCUUGCUGCCUGUCCAGCAAGAGUAUGACUAACUUGCUCCAUGAAGCCUCGGACAGGAACCAAAUCCCUGUGAUGCCAUUGGACGAAACCAUGAUGGGCAGCAAGAACAGCCAAUCAGACGGCUGGAGCAGCGAGGAUGAGGAUGAUGAGACAUUUGAAGCUAAAGGUCAGGAGACCAUGUCACCCUUCCCAGGUCCACCUAUAGUAUCAGAAGAAGAGUUGGCCAGACUAGCCAUGAUCAGGCCAGCUAAGACCAGUCAAUACGCUGGGUCCAGAGUUAAAGCCCUCAUACAGAUUCUACAACAUCAACUAGACCAGCAAGAACUGGUCCGAGAGUUCAUGGCCUUGGAGCAUCUAAAGCCGUCUGAUAACUGUCUAGUGGGGAAAGCUCCGGAGAACCGGGAGAAGAACCGCUAUCGUGACAUCCUGCCCUACGAUAAGACGCGUGUUCCAGUGGGUGAUAACCAGGACUAUAUUAAUGCCAGUUAUAUCCGUAUGGAGGUUGGCAGUGAGGAGUUCAUCUAUAUCUCCUGCCAGGGUCCUCUGCCCUCCACCGUGCCCGACUUCUGGCAGAUGGUCUGGGAGAACAGGUCUGAUGUGAUAGCCAUGAUGACCCAGGAGGUGGAGAGAGGCAGGGUGAAGUGUCACUGCUACUGGCCAGAGAGGGUGAGCUGUCCCCUAGACACAGGGCGCUUCCAGAUCAGCCUGGAGAACCAGCAGAUCCAGGAAUACUUCCACAUCAAGAUCAUCCGCAUGGUGGAGAAAGAGUCUGGUGAGACCCACUUUGUCCGUCACCUGAAGUUUAUCCGUUGGCCUGACCACGGUGUGCCGCGAAGUUCAGAGCAGCUGGUCAGAUUUAUUCGCUAUCUCCGAGCAGUCCACCAUAAAGGACCUGUCACUGUACACUGUAGUGCUGGGAUAGGACGAACAGGAGUACUGAUCUGCACUGAUGUCAUCCUGAGUCUCAUAGAGAACGAUCUCCCGAUCAACGUUAGUAACAUUGUGAGGGAGAUGAGACUGCAGCGAUAUGGCAUGAUUCAGACUAAGGAACAGUACCUGUUCUGCUACAAGGUAUGGUUGGAGGUUCUACAUCGCAUCCUGCAGCUGCAUGGUCAGCAUUGGCAACCAGAGAGCCCCCGCCAACUUAACACGAGCCCUCGCACACACAGUAACCGAUGGCAACCUGAGAGCCCCCAUGAAGAUAAUCAAUUUGUUUGACCAGUUUUCUCCCCCCCCACCCGUUAGCUGAUUUUGUUAUGAACACUGUAUAUGUAUGUGUUUUAGCCAAUUCCUCUGUUCGUUUUAUGUCAUGCCAAAACAUGACAGAUGGGACGACCAGGCUACAGUAUGUUUCUGCAUGUUUUUGAUAUUUGGGUUCUGAAUUUAUUGAUGGAGGUAGACAUUUUAACUGUUGGUUCUUUUGUGGGGGGGUUUUCGAGAUGGCAGUGACUGAUUAAAAACGGAAUUGAAAUGAGA